UAAUAAAUCAGUCAGUCCUCAGUGUUUGACUCUUUCCAACUAAUUAAUAUUAUUUUUACUUUUUUUCACUGUUUCAUUUUAGUCGACAUAAAUGUUUAAAGGCUGGUCCUGUUUUUUUAACUUAAGAAAAUAAAACAUAAUUUUUAAUUUUUAACAAUUAAUAAAAAAAGUUUAUAAUUUAAUAAAACUGUGAUAACUUUAAAAUAUAAACAAACACUUAAAAAUGGGUCUACCACAAGAUAUACAAAGCGCCAAGACUGAAAGUCCUUUAGAAUUACAAACACCAAAAGCCCGGGAGGCAGCAGCAAAUGUAAGCGAAGAUGUUGAAGCUUCCACUAAGAAAUCACAUAGAACCAGUCAACUGGAGACUGCCAUACAUUUAUUUAAGGGCAGUGUUGGUGCUGGUCUGUUUGCCAUGGGUGAUUGUUUUAAAAAUGGUGGCUUGGCGGGUGCCACUAUAUUUUUACCCAUUAUUGCAUUGAUAUGUGUACACUGUGAACAAAUGUUAAUAGCGGGCUCUGUUUUAGCAGUGGAACGCACUAAAGGUGCCACAUUUUAUGAUUAUCCCGAUACAGUGGAGAAGUGUUUCGAAUAUGGACCCAAACCCUUCAGACGUUUGGCCAAACUUAUGAGAGUAAUGGUGGAAACAUUUUUGUGUGUCACACAAUUUGGUUUUUGUUCCAUUUAUUUUGUGUUUAUAACCGAAAAUUUACAUCAGAUUUUAGAAUCAUAUGGCUUUGAAAUAAGUUUCAAUAUUACCAUGCUGUUAUGUUUACUACCCGCCAUGUUGCCUUCUCUGUUGACCAAUCUUAAAUAUAUUUCACCCGUAUCGGCUCUGGCCAGUUUUUCCUUGAUUUUUGGCAUGGUAGCUACUUUGAGUAUAGCGGUAUCCAGUGGCCCUAUGCCUUCACCAGCCGAGAGACAUUUAUUCACUAAUGGUCCACAAAUGUCUUUGUUCUUUGGCACCGCCUUGUUUUCUUUUGAAGGUGUGGCCUUGAUUUUACCUUUACGCAAUGCCAUGAAGAAGCCCGAAAAAUUCAAUAGUCGUUAUGGUGUCUUGAAUGUUACUAUGGUGGGCAUUACCUCGAUUUUCAUUAUAACCGGUUUCAUCAGUUAUCUAAGAUGGGGCGAAGAUGUUCAAGGCAGUAUUACCUUGAAUUUGGAUCCAAAUAAUACAUUAUCACAAGUUGUCAAAAUUGCCGCCGCUCUAGGUGUAUUCUUUGGAUAUCCCAUACAAUUCUUUAUCAUGAUCAGAAUCAUCUGGCCACCCAUGAAACAAAAUUACUCUAGCGCCCAAAAAUAUCCCAUAACCAUACAAGUCAUUUUAAGAUUCUUCAUGGUACUAUUAACCUUUGGUGUUGCUUUAAUGGUGCCCAAAUUGCAUUUGUUCAUAUCGUUAAUUGGUGCUUUCUGCUCAACCGCCUUGGCUUUUGUUUUCCCCGUUUUCGUCGAUUUUGUUAUUAGAGCUCAGAGACCCAAAGGUUUAAAUACCUGGGUGUAUUUGAAAAACAUAGUAAUAUUGAUUAUAGCCACUUUGGGUAUUAUCACUGGCACCUACGAAAGUAUUAAUGAAAUCGUAAAAGAAUUUAUGGAAUAAGUUAGUUUAUUAGGAAUAAGAAAAAAGUGCUUUCUCUCUACUUGUACAUAUAAAUUGUUAAUGAUAUUUUACUACUUUGUUAAUAUAAAAAUCCAUUAUUCUAUUGUAUAUUAUUUUUGUUAUUUAAGUUUGAUUAUGUGUAGUG